UAACCUAAUUUUAUUGUUAAUUCGAGAUAUUAUUAAUAAAAAUCGAAUAAUGGUUACUCAAAUCGAAAAUGCAAAUGAUUUUGAACAAAUUUUAAGGAAACCAAAUUUAAUUAUCGUGCAUUUUUGUGCCGAUUUUGUCGAACAAUGUCAAAUGGUCACAAAUUAUUUAAAAGAAAUAUCAGAAAAAACUGAUAUUAAAAAGGCAAAAGUAUUGUUUUAUAACUGUCCGGCUGAAGAAUUAUCAGAAAUAUCAUUAAAAUAUCAAAUUGAAGCUGUCCCCACAAUACUGUAUUUUCAAAAUGGAAAGUUAUUAGACCGUGUUAAUGGAACAAAUUUAUCAAAAAUAUGGGAUAAACUACUAGAAUUAAGUAAAGUCUCAAAUACAUCAAGCACAGAACCAAAGAAAUCGUUAAAUGAACGAUUAAAAGAUUUAAUUAAUCAACAUCAAGUCAUGGUAUUUAUGAAAGGUAAUCGAGAACAACCAAGAUGUGGGUUUAGCAAACAAUUAAUGGCAAUUUUAAAUGAAACUGGAGUUGAAUUUAAAACAUUUGACAUUCUUCAAGACGAAGAAGUACGUCAAGGAUUAAAGACAUAUUCUGAUUGGCCAACAUAUCCACAAUUGUAUGUAAAAGGUGAAUUAAUUGGAGGUUUAGAUAUCGUUAAAGAAUUACAAGCUGGAAACGAAUUAUUACCAACCUUAAAUGGAUAAAGUGUAGAAUCAACUUACAUACAUUUAGUUCAUUUUUGAUAUUGUGUUCCAUUCAUAAUUUCAAAUAAAUAUUUUAAAAUA